AUGGUGCAAUGUACGCUGGUGCUGGCCGGAAUCGGUGUCUUCAUGGCAGUCGGCGGUGCCCUUUUGGGCUGGGUCGUCUUUCCAGGGGCAGUGCACGACAAAAUUAUCGAGAACACCGAGCUCCGCCAGGGAACGCCCCAGUUCAAGCGGUUCGAGGCGCUGCCGCAGCCGUUGGACUUUAAGGUGUUCAUCUUCAACGUGACCAACCCGUACGAGGUCCAGAUGGGCAAGCGACCCCGAGUGGUCGAGGUGGGACCGUACAUUUAUUUCCAAUACCGACAAAAGGACAACAUUCGGUUUAGUCGGGAUCGAUCAAAGGUUCACUUUUCCCAACAACAAUUGUACGUGUUUGACGCGGAAUCAUCCUACCCACUCACGGAGAAUGACCCACUGAUGGUGCUGAACAUGCACAUGAACAGUAUAUUACAAAUAAUCGAUAACCAAGCAAAGGAAACGAUCACAAAUUUCCGUUCCGAUGUUAACAAUACUCUCGAAAAAAUUCCAAUAGUUAGGGUUAUCAAAAGAAUCAUAGAGAAAACGACGCCAAUCCAAUCCAUUCUGCAAAUUGCCGAGGACGAAACGUACGACAGUUUACGGCUGAUCAACGUGGAACUGAACCGCAUCUUUGGCCGGCCCGACUCGAUGUUCCUGCGAACCACCCCGAAGGAGUUUCUGUUCGACGGAGUUCCGUUCUGCGUGAACGUGAUCGGAAUUGCGAAGGCGAUCUGCAAGGAGAUCGAAAAGCGCAACACCAAAACCAUCCGCGUUCUGCCCGAUGGAUCGAUGAAGUUUUCGUUCUUUAAUCACAAAAACAUGACCGAAGACGGAAUCUACACGAUCAACACCGGCGUCAAGAACGCGCUGGAGACGCAAAUGAUCGAGUUCUGGAAUGGUAAGAACAUGCUGGACAAGUGGAGCAACUCGUCGCGAGGAUCGUCCAUGACCUGCAACAAAAUCGAGGGAACCGACGGGUCCGGAUAUCCUCCGUUCCGGGAGGGUGUCCAGCGGAUGACCAUCUUUAGUUCGGACAUUUGUCGGACCGUGGAUAUAAAGUAUGUCGGCUCAUCCAGCUACGAGGGCAUCCCUGCGGCUCGAUACGUGACCGACGAUAACUUCCUGAACAAGAUUGGCCCCGAGCACAACAACGAUUGCUACUGUGUCAAUCGAAUACCAAAGGCCAUCGUCAAAGCCAACGGAUGUCUGUACGAGGGCGCUCUAGAUCUUUCCACGUGUUUCGAUGCCCCGGUAGUUCUGACGCUACCCCAUAUGAUGGGUGCCGCUGAGGAGUACACCAGCUUGAUUGACGGUAUGCAUCCCGAUCCUGAGAAGCACCAGAUUUUCGUGGAUGUGGAACCGCUCACCGGCACUCCACUAAACGGCGGCAAGCGAGUGCAGUUCAACAUGUUUCUUCGGCGGAUCGACUCUAUUCGUCUAACCGAUCGAUUGCCAACCACGCUGUUUCCGGUACUCUGGAUUGAGGAAGGCAUCGCGCUCAACGAAGAUAUGGUCAAGCUGAUAGACGAUAGUUUGAUGAAGAUCCUAACAAUCCUGGACAUUGUCCAGUGGACCAUGAUCGCGAUCGGACUGUUCCUCGCCAUAAGCAUGCCCAUUCUGUACUUUACCAAGCGGCGUCCCUCGUCGGGCACGAUCACGCCGACCCUGACGACGACCACGAGUGCCGCUAGCAUCCCAGAACGGGGAGGUCUUGGCGGGAAUCCCGACAAAUGACACUCGCUGAAGAUGAUUUUUCUGGACUGAGUUGACUGACUGAGGAUGAGUGAAUGGGAACAAAUUAUGAUAAAAAUUAAAAUUGAGCAAUAGAGAGAGCGAGUGCGAGAGAUUCAAGUGCCAACGCGUUGUGAGAGUGAACGAGUACCGAACAAAAUUUGAGACAGUGUGUACAAUUAUUUAGUUGCAAGCAACGAUAGUUCACCGUCUGUGCAUUUUAGUGCUAACUAAGUCAAUCCAAAUCCGUCCAUAAUUAUGUUUAUGCAGGAAUGAGCAGUUGUAUGUUUCUUUUUUUUUAUUCAAGAGAUAAGAAUCAUUAGAAUAGCUAAUAAAUUAAUUGUGAUUGUUUGUAGAUAAAAAUAAAAUAUUACACAAUCAA